UCUUGUCGCACACUGGUCCUCAGAUUCAUAGCGCUGCUGGGCGGGUCACGCUGCUAGGACUCACCGUUCACUUGAUCGACACAAAGAAAGCGCCUUGAAACCGGGUUGAUUGAAAAAGUUUCAUAGUUCGUCUCGUCAGUGGCGUUUCUGUUUGGAAGUUAUCGAGUAAAUACUGUGGCGCUUUCUAUUCACGCGACGCUUCUGAAACUUUUGCGUGCGUAACGACAUUGGGAGACGAAAUGGGGGAGAAUGAUGUUCAGAUGGAGAGUACAGAGCAAAUGCAGGAGCCUCACGCUUCAAGCUCGGACAAAAUCGACUUGUCAUUAGAUGACAUUAUAAAGCUGAAUAAGAAGGAACUGAAGGCGAGCCGAGCUGGCAACAUAGCUAAAACUAAACGUGCUGCUAACAGGAACAACGUCUUGAAGAAACUCAACCAGGUUCCACAGCAGCACAGGGGACUCAGACGAGGAGCGCAGCAGUACCAAGGACCUGGCAGGGUGAGAGGUUUUAGGAGACAAUGGGAAUCCGGGAGGGACAUGAUGUCGAGAAGGGGUUCACUAAAUAGAGCUGCUGCCACUGUCACGGCCGGUGAACAGUUUGAUCAAACCACAUUCACAUCGAGGGGGACAUUCAGAGGACGAGGAAGAGGUAGAGGAAGAGGAGGCAGACUGAGCAGGGGUGCAUUGUUAGCAAGAGGACAGAGGGGUGGAAGACCAUUUGUAUUAGACAGAGGGUUUUCCGCUACAAAAAGGACUGAGAAAUUACAGAGGUAUCAGACGAUAAGAAGUCGAAGAACAGCACCAUCUGGCUCCACGCUGACAGUUUCUCUACCAAAUGCUAAAUCUGCACCUGUCGCUGUGAAGACAUCUAAUCAGGCUAGGAGGGGUGGGGCAGUGUUAAGGGGCAGAUCAUCUGGAAGAGCCGGUACUUCUUCUCCUAAGGGGAUUCCUCUGCAAUUUAACUACAAAGCAGCCACUAACCAGACUGCCGUAUACCUUAAUGACCGUUUCACUGACCUGAGGUUAAGAGUGCGAGGACGGGGCCGGGGAAGAGGAAGAGGAGCUCUUGGAGGAGGUGGAAGAGGAAAUAUCAUUGGGGGUGGACGAGGUAGAGGACAAGGAAACAUUAUAGGUGGUGGCAGAGGCAGAGGAAGGGGUGGGGUUGGUGUGACAAGAGGAGGAAGAGGCUUGAGAAGAGGGAGGGGAGGAUCAAGAGGAGCCGAUCGAACAGUAACUCUUCAGUGAUUAGAAUUACAACCAUUCAGUUUUAUGAAGUUGUAGUGUUUACUGUUAGUGAUGCACUGAAAUUUCCACAACCAAUGAUAUUGGGGCGAAACAGAAGAAGAAAAAAUCAGUUUCAGCAUAAAUAGUUUUGGAGGCCCACAAUCAGUGACGUUUAACUACAACUAAAAAUGGAAUUG